AUGGCUCCCUGUUCGUCGGAAUGCCAAAACGGCUAUUGGACCUGCGUGUGCCAUGGUGGCAAAUGGACAUGCCAUCUCUGCAAUGGCUCCGGGGAACUUGAAAAUGCCUGGGAAGGGAAGACCUCCUCAGAAGGCUGGGCCAAUGGCAGAGGGUUUACGGCGGAGAGAUCUAACAAAUGCGGCCUUUGUGGUGGUAGCGGGCAGAAGCCAGCGCAAGAUAUUCUCCAGUGUUUUUUGUUAUUUACCUUCCGAAACAUGUUCUAUACUCAGAGUAGCCAUGGUCUCACUACCGGUGAUUUGGGCGAGGCCUCGCCCUCUCGGGGGGGUCGGCCGUCGCCCGCAGCGGAUCCUGGUCAGUCGCUUCUGCAAGGCCAAUCUGGCGUGUUUGUCCUGGUGUUGGCAUUGGCGAGCCGUACGCAGCGAAUAGGGCAGCAGGAGCCCAAGCACCGUUUUGAGAACGGUGCAAGCAUUGGCCGCGUUGAUGAUGGGGAUCACCUUAAUAGAGUCGAACAGAGCAGAGUAGAGACCCAGUGGUGA